AAACUUGUUCCUGUCUUUACCCUUUUCUUCAGUCUUUGUCUUUCACUUUACUCUCUAAAGCCUAAACUCUCUCUCUCUCUUUGCUGAAAAACAAUGUCACAAAGAAAAGAACUCAGUCCACAACCUCCGAUCCUCCGGCAACCUCCGAUCCAUCUCCCGGACAACGUCGUACUCAACAUCUUGUCAAGGCUGCCUGUCAAGUCAGUACUAAGAUUCAGGUGCGUUCACAAAUCCUGGAACUCCUCGAUCACCAGCUCCAAUUUUAUCUCUACCCACCUUAUCAACAACAACAACAGCAACAACAAUGAGAAUGAUAAUGAUGAUGAUCGUGCUUAUCUUAUAUGCAUGCCUGCUAUGUAUUCUCCUUCUAACAACCCAGUUUGUAUGGUUGCUUGUGACCGCAAGUUCAAUAGGAUUUCUGAGUACCCAAUUCCCUCUGAACUUCAUUUAAACUGUCCUGAAAUUGUUGGUUCCUGUAAUGGUCUAGUUUGUCUUGCUCAGUAUGGCAAUGGGUCCACUAUUGCUGAUGUUAUAUAUGUGUGGAACCCCAGCAUUAGAAAGUUUAAGAGGUUGCCUGAUACUUGCUUAAGCCAAUAUGAUUCUGUUGCUACUGGGUUUGCUUAUCAGUGUGAGAACAAUGACUACAAGGUUGUAAAGAUCUCUUCUUUGCGUGCACCCAACAGGCCUGAGGAUGAGGUUGAGGCUGAGGUUUACACGUUAAGCUUGAAUUCUUGGAGGAGGGUUGGAAUUUCAUUGAGACCCAAUGUUGUGGUCUCCAAUGUCAAGUAUUAUUCGUCUGCCACGUUUGUUAAUAAGGCUUUGCAUUGGCUGGGGUAUAUUAGUGAAGUUGAUGGGCAAUUCCUAAAUCAAAAUAUGAUUUUGUCAUUUGAUGUCAAUAAUGAUAAGUUUGGAGAGAUAGCACUCCCUCGUGGACAAGUGUUGCCACAAGGUCUAGUGGCGGUACCGCAGAGUCUAAUGGUGUUCAAGGGGAAACUGGCCUUCAUUACAUUUGGGUACCCUGUAAUCUACCACGGAUUUAUGCUGACCCAUACGCCAUGCUUCAUUUGGGUAAUGGGGGAGUAUGGUGUACAUGAAUCAUGGACUAAACUUUUUUCUGUCCAGUUUGAAAAUGUUAUACAUGUACAAGGUUGCACCAAGCACGGUGAGCUUCUAGUUGAAAAGGAACUCAAGACCGAAUCUGAUGAUGGUGAAUUACAGAGGUGCAAUGACUCCGUGAUUGUUUCAUUUGACCCUGAAACUUUACAUGAGAAGGAUCUUGGUAUUCAACAUCUUCCACUUAUAGCCACUAGUUUCAUGGAAAGCCUUGUGUUACUUGAUGGAGCAACUUAGCUAUCUGUAUAAGAAGUGAAACCAUUAGUGAUAAUAUCAUUGCGUUUUGUUAUGUAAGUGUGAUACAAAUGAGACCAUUAUCAUGUUGUUUCCUUAGGUAUCAUUUUGUUUUGCGGUAAGCAUAUAAGUAUUGAUAAGAUGUAGGUGAAUUUUUUUCAUGAUUUGUACCAACACUUUAUUCUUGUGGCAAAGAACAUAUAGCAUUUUACUUCUACAAAAAUGAUUUCUGGUAAUUUUUUAGGGAGUAUGUACGUAUGCCAUAAUGCAUAUAUAAACCCUUUAUGCUUAUGGCAAUUUCAUCAGACUUCAUCGGGCACUAUUGCAAAUACAACUUGCUCAACCAACACGACUGGAUUAUCCUAUGGUUUCAUGACUGAGUUAUCUGAGGGUAGACUUGCCUCUUUUAUAGACUUUGAAUUUCCAUCCUCAGUUUUGGUGUCAGCAGUUAUUGGGGCUUCAGACUCUGUUCUUACAGGUUGCAACUGACUUUUGACUUAUGUCAUAUCAGUAUUUUGGAUCCCAACUUUUAGAUAUAUAUCCUCAUCCUUGAGUCUCUGAGCCUUGUUGAUACUGGGUUUCAAGAAUCGAUCCUGAUGUGGCCGGUGGAGCAUGAUGGUUGUAGGCCAGUGUGCUUGUUUCUGGUACCAUUGCUGGUGCCUGGGAUUGAGAGAGUACAUAAGUCAUCAACUGUUGGUCCAAAAGAACCUGGGCAUUAGUAAAACCAUUUUAUUUUUUUGAUAGGUUAAAAUCUUGUUGUUGGACUCGAGGAGUUUUGGAAGUUGAUUAAGCAUUUAUGUCCGAUGGGUUAGCUGCUUGAAGCCCCAUUUGUCCAUGCUCUGAUGGAGCGUUAAAGUUGGUUGGGUAAACUGCUUGAGGUCCUGCUUCUCCAUACAAGAAAGGUGGAAAUGAAAUUGCUUUAGAGGAACCACCUAAUUUGGUUUGGAGGGCUCAAUAGGCUUUCUUGGAAUCAAAACUUCAUAAGUUCUCAUAUAGCCCCCUCCCAUCUUUCACUUGAAACAUCGCCCCUGUGCUGCAAAUUGAUCCUGGGACUUCCUCUCAUGUUCAACCGCUAAAACUUCAGCAGUCCCUGCCGCCACUUUCUGAUGCUAUGUUUCCUUUCUAUUGUCAUCGGCAACAGUUUCAGAGGUUUCCAGAGCAUUGCAGUCAAGCCUACAAAGUUCACAUCAUGCCAUAUGGCGGCAAGUAACCAGAAUGGAGCAGGAGGCACUUGUGCUGGUAUGGGUAAUGGUGCCUGGCCAGAAAUUGAUGUAGAAGGGAGCGGCAUUAUGGUAGAUCCACCUUCAACUGGUGCAGAUACUGUAGUUGUAGGUGUUGCAGCACCAUGUGGUGGGAAGUGCGUGCCACCAUCCUGGCCACAUCCCCAACCACAAAAAGGGGAUUAUGAGCCAUCUAGUCUUGGGUCAAAAUGUCCCUUACCACCCCCUCCAAAGGGCAUACCACGCCUUCUACCUCCAGCUCUAUAAGGAGAUUGCCCAAUCUGCAGAAUAGCAACUGGAACAAGAAGCUUAUUAAAUAUUUCUUUGAAAAUAAAUCUGCCAAACUAGCAAAUUUAGCAUAAAGAUAGCAAGAUAACAAA